AAACUAAAACGUGCAGCUUGUAAACAAAUAAAAAAUUCGAAAUGGGUUUUCGGGUUCUAGAACUAUUCAGUGGCAUUGGAGGCAUGCAUUACGCGUUUAAAUAUGCACAGUUGGAAGGAGAAAUUGUUGCCGCCUUGGAUGUUAACACAGUGGCCAAUGCGGUAUAUGCGCAUAAUUAUGGCAAUAAUGUCGUAAAGACCAGAAAUAUUCAGAGCCUAAGUGUAAAGGAGGUCGGAAAGUUGAGGGCCAACAUGCUUCUUAUGUCCCCGCCUUGUCAACCCCACACCCGUCAAGGAUUGCAAAAGGACACGGAGGACAAACGAUCGGAUGCACUUACUCAUAUAUGUGGACUCAUUCCGGAGUGCCAGGACCUUCAGUAUAUUCUGAUGGAGAACGUCAAGGGAUUCGAGAGCUCUCAAGCUAGAAAUCAGUUUGUUAAAGCUCUGGAGAACGCACGAUUUUAUUGGAGGGAGUUUAUACUGACGCCCACACAAUUUAACGUCCCAAACACUCGACAUCGCUACUAUUGCCUAGCGCGCAAGCAACAUGAUUUUUCGUUCCCUGCCGGAAAGAUCUAUGAGGAAAUGCCAGGGAGUAAAACCCAUGAUCAGACACUCUCCCAAAUCUCAGAGAUCCUGGAGGAAAAUGUGGGCUCCGAGUUCCUAGUUCCGGAUGAUGUUUUAACCAAAAGAGUUCUUGUGAUGGAUAUAAUUCAUCCUGCGCAAAGUAGAUCCAUGUGCUUCACAAAAGGGUAUACUCAUUACACUGAGGGCACCGGAUCUGCAUUUACUCCACUCUCGGAACAGGAAUCACAUAGGAUCUUCGAACUAGUAAAGGAAAUCGAUGAAAACUCCCAGGAAACUGUGAAGUCAGAAGAUGUUAUUCAAAAACGAUUGGAUUUUCUGCAUCAAGUAAAACUGCGUUAUUUUACACCACGCGAAGUAGCUCGACUAAUGAGUUUUCCCGAAGAAUUCGACUUUCCCCGAGAGACAACAAAUAGACAAAAGUAUCGUCUGCUCGGAAAUAGUAUUAAUGUUAAAGUUGUAGGCGAACUUAUAAAAUUGUUGACCACUGAGCAAAUCAUAGAAUAAAGAUUAUAAAUCUUAAAUUAAAAUAAAAUUUAAUUUU